AUGCAUAUCACGUUUAUCAUAACAGGAGGCACGAUUUUCCAGACGAAAGAUGCGAAGACAGGGUGCAUGGUAAUCGGCGCCAGACUGGAUGACAUAGUCUCACCGGAGUUCCUGGUCUCCAUGGGCGUGUAUACUUCAAGGUGCAUAGACCUCAAUGUCCGCAGCGGCGCAGAUCUCACCUACGAAAUCAUCUUCGCGGCGCGGGAUGCCAUCCGGGACAAUUUAUCCCGUUCCGCCGUUUUCAUCCUUGUCACCGGCACAGACACGCUCGAAGAAUUUGCUUUCUGUCUUGAUCUUCUGCUGGGGAAUGCUCUAGUGGCAGCUUCGGCGUCGCUUGUGGUUACGGGCGCCAUGAAGCCGUACGACAUCGAAGGGUACGACGGCAGCUCCAAUGUUCAGCAGGCUGUCCAGGCAAAUGCCUCCAAAUUCGGAGUUCUGGUGGUGCUAAAUGACAGCAUUCAUCUGGCUCGCUACGUUCGUAAGGUCGAUAGUCAGCUGAUGGGCGCUUUCCAGUCUCAUCCGGGACCCGUUCGCGAGGGCCGCGUGAGGCUCUACUACGGUCCGCCACUCGAUGCCGCCGCCUGGCGCGAUCCGCGCUUCGCGUCGCUCGAUGCCGCCGCCGUUGCGGCCAUCGGCAGGCGAGUGGCGAUCUGGGUCACCGGCGUUUCGGCGGGUUUGCUUCCCGAGGCCUUGGUUUCGUCGCUCGCAGGCCUCGUCGUGGCGGCGCCGGGCACUGGCAGCCUCGCCGCAGCGCUCAUCGAACAGCUGGCGCGCUGGACAUCGCACAUUCCGGUUGUGAUUGCGACGCGAUGCGCCGUCGGCAGCAACUUUGACGACCAUUAUUAUCGCGGCAGCCGCGACAAGUACGAGCGUCGAGGCUUCCUGUUGGCCGAUUUUGCCCACUUGACAGCCACACAGAUACGCAACAUGCUAGUCCUGCGCUUGGCAGCGGGACUGUAUCCGCAGUACGAACAUCUUCUCCGUACUGGCAAAUCCGCCGCCUCUGAACAGGGAGCGCAGCCGUCUGCGCCGCCGCGUCGCCAUCCGCCGGACGCGGCGGCGGCGGCGACGGAGGCGACUGCUCCGGCGGCGGGCGACACGGGGGUUGCGGUCUAG